UGAACAUGUUGGCAAGAGCAUGAAGUACAGCCGACUUCAGAAGGACAGCUUCAAAGGGGAGUGAAAGAGUAUGAGAGGGUUUUCCUCUGUAGCUUCAAGGGCUUCUUCACCUGCUUUCACCAAUCUCUCUAAACAAAACCAAAAUUCCCUCACACCCAUUACUCCAAAACCCUCAAAUCUUCAUUCUGUUGCCACCACUAGCAACCCCAUUACUCAACAAAGUUCACCCAGUAAGCCGAAGCCUUCAUUCAAUUGGAAUUCCAACACUUCCAUAGCAGCUAAAAAGGUAAACUUUCGAGCAAGUGUUAUUGAUCAUAAGUAUUUUUCCCAAAUUCUUGCAAGAAAAGACUGGUAUUUAUUGCUAAACCACGAGUAUAAAGCCAAGAGGGUUACUUUGAAUCAGCAAGAAGUUGUUAGUAUUUUGCAAAAUCAAGAAAACCCAUUACACCCCUUUAGAUUUUAUAUCUGGGUUUUGAAGAUUUGUCCCUCUUUUGCGAAGAAUCAAUCAGUUAAGGUGGUUUUAAGUAAUGUACUUUAUAGGAAAGGUCCCCUUUUGUUGUCAGCUGAGCUUGUUCAAGAUAUCAGAAACUCUGGAAAUGUAGUUACUGUGGACUUGCUUUGUGUUCUAAUUGGUAGUUGGGGGAGAUUAGGGUUGGGGAAGUACUGUACUGACAUUUUAGAGCAGGUUUCUUAUUUGGGGCUCGCUCCUAAUACUAGGUUGUAUAAUGCGGUAAUCGAUGCGUUGAUCAAGUGCAAUUCACUUGACUUAGCCUAUUUAAAGUUUCAGCAAAUGCAGGUAGAUAACUGUAAACCAGAUAAGUUUACAUAUAAUAUUCUCAUUCAUGGAGUUUGUAAGGCUGGGGUUGUGGAGGAGGCGCUUCGUCUGGUGAAACAGAUGGAAGGAGUGGGAUACUCUCCCAAUGUGUUUACUUACACAAUUUUGGUUGAGGGGUUUUGUAAUGCUAAAAGGGUGGACGAGGCAUUUGAGCUCUUCGGGGUAAUGAAGAGUAGGGGUAUUGUACCAAAUGAAGCUACUGUAAGAUCAUUGGUUAAUGGGGUAUUUCACUGUGUGGCACCAGAUAAGGGCUUUGAAUUGUUAUCUAGAUGGUUAGAGAAAGAACAUGUCUUGCCUAAUGUAGCUUGUUCUUCCAUGCUACACUGCCUUAGUACUAAUUUUUUGCCCAGAGAAGCAGCUCAACUUUUAAGAAUAUCAAUUGAUAGAGGUUACUUACUGGAUAACUCAACUCUUAACAUUGCACUGACUUGUUUAAUCAAAGGAUUGGAGCUUGAUGAUACUUGUCAGAUAUUAGACUUCAUCACUGUUCGAGGGGUGAAGGUUAGUGUUGAUAUUUAUCUUGCACUUGCUGAUGCUCUUUAUAAAGGAGGGAGAGUUGAACAGGGGAACAAAUAUAUGGACCAGGUGUUUAAGGAUGGUCUUGUAUCUAACACAUUCUUCUAUAACCGGGUCAUUGAUUGCUUUUGCAAAAUCAAAAUGAUGGACAAAGCAUCAGAUGCUUUCAAAGAUAUGCUUCAGAGAGGUGUCACUCCCAAUAUUGUAACUUUUAACACUCUUAUUAGUGGAUAUUCCAAGGUAGGGGAGGUUAACAAGGUACAUGAGCUACUAGUCAUACUACUGGAACAUGGUUUUCGACCAGACAUUUUCACGUUUAGUUCAAUGAUUGAUAGCCUUUGUAGAGUAAAUCGCAUUGACGAUGCUUUAGACUGUCUCACAGAGAUGGUCGAAUGGGGAGUUGCUCCAAACGCCGUACCAUACAAUAUCUUAAUUCGUGCACUUUGUGUCCUCGGGGAUGUUGGUAGAUCACUGAAAUUAUUACGAAAAAUGCAAGGUGAUGGAAUAAAGGCAGAUGUUUUCUCCUUCAAUGCCUUAAUUCAAAGUUUUUGUAAGAUGAAUAAGAUUGAUGAGGCUCAAAGGCUUCUGAUAAGUAUGUUGACCCUGGAUUUGAUCCCUGAUAAUCAUACUUAUGGUGCUUUUAUCAGAGCCUUAUGUAACUUGGGGAGAUUUGAUGAAGCUAAGAACUUGUUUUUUUCAAUGGAAGCAAAUGGAUGCGUCCCCGAUGAUUUGACAUGUAAACUAUAUCUUGAUUCACUUAUUCAAUCAGGCCAUACUAAAGAAGCUCAGGAUGUUUUAAAGGAGUGCGGGAAAAGGGGAAUGCUAUUGGAACCCAUCACUCCUUCGUAGUAUCUUUGAUUUAGGAGUGAUGAUCACUUAAUGCUCACAAGCUACUGCUUGUUAGCCAAUCAUGAAUGUACCCUUGCUAUUGACCCAUCAGGCUGAUCAAAUGUACUAUAGGUAUGACUGCUUUCUUGAUAAGUUUCUGUAGGAUGGGAAUGGGCUGAGAAAGCAAGCAUCAUGGCCAGCUAUGUUCUGAUCUAAAAGAAUUGUUAUAUUACUUGUUUUUCCGUGAGAUGGGGAAAAAAUAUGUUGGUGCUUUGUAUUAAACACCUCUCUUGAUCUUAAGAAAUCUGAUUUUCAUUUCAAGGACCUGACUAAAGGAAAAAGAAGGAAGUUACUGGCGUGGUCUUAUCAAUGACAAAGUCCAAACAGAUUUUUCUACCUGUUAUAGAUAAUUCACCGUGAAUAUGAAGAUGGAGCUCCUUGUUUAGGUCUCUCAUGCAUUAAACCUGGGUGUUAGUUUAUAAAAAGCUUUGAUGAAGUUUUGUCUCUACUAAUUCCGUCAGCCAUGUAAAGAAGGCCAAACAUAAGUCAACAAGCAGUAUAGGCUCCUGACAUGUGCCUUAAGCCCCUCGUAAUGUAGGAGGAUAUGGAGAUAUUUGAUUGUUGAGAACUUUUAUCUCAGCAUGUAUGAUUAAAAAAAAGUAUCGAUGUUCUGUUCUAAGUUGGCCUUUUGAGGUUAGGAUGGUUAUUCGUUUGGGGUUAAAAGGAGAAAUGUGUAAUGACAAGUUCAAUCAAUACCGAGUACUUAGCCGAGCAGAUUAGUAAAAGGAAGGAUUACGAAGAAGUGAUGCUGUCCCUUUUAACAUUUUCUUUGGAAGCUGAGAUUGGUCUUUGCCAUAUUUCGUUAGGUUCUUCCUAUAUUUCCACAAGUCCUCCUGGCUAAGAAAUCAUCAAGACACAAUCCCCUGUAUCAAUGUAUUUCUAUGAGAAACCAUAGCAUGUUUCCUCUUGGAAAUUUGUUAUAUGUAUUAGCAAAAUCAGUUUGUUCUGUCACAUAUAAUAUUUCACUAAUGUGAACACUUAAAGAUGAAUUGUUGAUAUGCUUAUCUAAGUAACAAAAUUUGGUAUUCAUACUAUCACUUAUUCUUACCCACCAAAGCUACCAUAUCUAGUUUAGUUCUCUGAGGUUAGGUGUUGUGUUGCUUCUUCUCACCUAAAAUUAUAAGUUAUUCUAUCCUUCCAUGUAACCCUCCCUUGAGGUUUUACCUUUGAAGAGAGUGUGUGAUCCUUCUUUAUUAACUAAACAUCUCGGAUUCAGAUAUAGGAAUAAAAGAAACAUUUGGUAGGAAGUGUUUUGCCCUUAGUAAGCCUGAUUUUGAAAUUCGUUUUCUAUCAGUGUUACAUCAACAUCCUGGCUUCAGAUGCAGUACUAAGUAGUAUAAAGGGUAACUUGUGGGGCAAGGAUGGAUCUUUUUAGGUUUGAUUUUCAAUGCAAAAUACGUCAAGCAAGUAAAGUCUAGUUAGUUCAACUUAAUUAGUCACUCACCUUUUUAGACCAUCCAAUAUUUUAACUUUCCAUCGAGCAGAUCACCCAUUGCUUUUACUUUUCCCCAUGGAAUUUAUCUUUGUUUUACUUGACUAUUGUAGAUUCUUCAACUAUAAGCUUCAUUAACAUUCCAUACCAUAAUUGUAAACUUCUAAUAUAUAUAUAUAUAUAUCUGCAA